GACGAGCAGGAGAGACACGCUUUACUGUGAGAAGCAAAAGCUGUUCGAGGCAUCGUGAAGACCGGUAGUUGGUUAAUACCCGUUGCAUUCGUCAGUUCGAUUGGUCAGCUAAGACUUAGAGCCAAUCAGAGGCAGAGGAAGGCGGGUCAUCUCUUUGCAAAACACGGAGCGGGGCUGAUACUUCGAGCACUUGAAGCUGGAGCAGUUAUAGACGCACGGAAGUGAACGGGAGAAGUAAACACUUGGUCAGACAGCAGCGGUGAACAUUUCUCUGUGGAUCUGAUUGAAAGAAAGUAAAGAUGAAGCUGUUGUGGGUUCUUUUACUGGUGACCGGCACUGUGUUUGCCAAUGACGACGACAAGAAGGACAGUGUUGGGACUGUGGUUGGAAUUGACCUGGGGACCACCUACUCAUGUGUCGGAGUGUUCAAGAAUGGGCGUGUGGAGAUCAUUGCCAACGACCAGGGUAACCGCAUCACCCCAUCAUAUGUGGCUUUCACCAGUGAGGGUGAGCGUCUUAUUGGUGAUGCUGCCAAGAAUCAGCUGACCUCCAACCCUGAGAACACAGUCUUUGAUGCCAAGAGAUUAAUUGGGCACACAUGGGGAGAAUCCUCUGUGCAGCAGGACAUCAAGUACCUGCCAUUUAAGGUGACUGAGAAAAAGAACAAGCCCCACAUUCAGGUUGACAUUGGUGGUGGACAGAUGAAGACAUUUGCUCCUGAGGAGAUCUCUGCCAUGGUGCUGACUAAAAUGAAGGAGACUGCUGAAGCUUAUCUGGGCAAGAAGGUAACACAUGCUGUGGUCACCGUCCCUGCUUAUUUCAAUGAUGCUCAGCGUCAGGCAACCAAGGAUGCUGGUACCAUCGCUGGCCUCAAUGUCAUGAGAAUCAUCAAUGAGCCAACUGCUGCUGCCAUUGCUUAUGGUCUGGACAAGAGGGACGGCGAGAAGAACAUUCUUGUGUUUGAUCUGGGUGGUGGCACCUUCGAUGUUUCCCUGCUGACGAUUGACAAUGGUGUGUUUGAGGUGGUGGCAACCAACGGUGACACCCAUCUUGGAGGUGAGGACUUCGACCAGCGCGUCAUGGAGCACUUCAUCAAGCUGUACAAGAAGAAGACAGGCAAAGAUGUGCGCAAGGACAACCGUGCUGUGCAGAAGCUGCGUCGUGAGGUUGAGAAGGCAAAGAGAGCACUGUCCGCCCAGCACCAGGCUCGCAUUGAGAUCGAGUCCUUCUUUGAGGGAGAAGACUUCUCUGAGACCCUGACCCGUGCCAAGUUUGAAGAGCUCAACAUGGACCUGUUCCGUUCCACCAUGAAGCCUGUCCAGAAGGUGCUGGAAGAUGCUGACCUGAAGAAGUCUGAUAUUAAUGAGAUUGUUCUGGUUGGAGGCUCCACCCGUAUCCCCAAAAUCCAGCAGCUGGUGAAAGAGUUCUUCAAUGGCAAAGAGCCCUCCAGGGGUAUUAACCCUGAUGAGGCUGUGGCUUAUGGAGCUGCUGUGCAGGCUGGAGUGCUUUCUGGAGAGGAGGACCCUGGAGUUGUUAUUCUGGAUGUGUGCCCCCUGACUCUUGGUAUUGAGACCGUUGGAGGAGUGAUGACCAAACUGAUCCCCAGGAACACUGUGGUGCCUGCUAAGAAAUCUCAGAUCUUCUCUACAGCCUCUGAUAACCAGCCUACUGUCACCAUAAAGGUUUAUGAAGGUGAGCGUCCACUGACAAAAAACAACCAUCUGCUGGGCACAUUCGAUCUGACUGGCAUCCCUCCUGCCCCUCGUGGCGUACCACAGAUCGAAGUCACCUUUGAGAUCAAUGUCAACGGUAUCUUGCGUGUCACAGCUGAGGACAAAGGCACGGGCAACAAGAACAAGAUCACCAUCACAAAUGACCAGGAUCGCCUGACGCCAGAGGACAUUGAGCGCAUGGUGAACGAUGCUAAGCGCUUCGCCGAUGAAGACAAGAAGCUGAAGGAGAGAAUUGAUGCCCGUAACGAGCUUGAAAGCUACGCUUACUCACUGAAGAACCAGAUUGGUGACAAGGAGAAGCUGGGUGGCAAGCUGUCAGAUGAGGACAAGGAAGCAAUUGAGAAGGCAGCGGAGGAGAAGAUUGAGUGGAUGGAGUCACACCAGGAGGCUGAGCUGGAGGACUUCCAGGCCAAGAAGAAGGAGCUUGAAGAGGUGGUCCAACCCAUCAUUAGCAAGCUUUACGGUAGUGCAGGAGGACCACCACCAGAGGGCGCAGAAACCGAGCAAGAUGAGAAGGAUGAGUUGUAGGCAGGUCUGCUGUCGACAUUUGUUGCCCCUUGCCUCUGGUAGUGGCACCUAGAUGUACAUAUUGAACUGAUGGGACUCAAAUAGUGAGAGGAACGGUUGACAAGGGGUGGCGCUAACAAGCAUCCAUACCGAAUCCCCUGAAAGACUUUCAAAAAAGUUUCAGUGUGUGAGAGGUGUUCUCUUCGCUGGAAGGCAGAGAUAAUUGUCAGCCUGGAUAUGAGGCUUGCUGCUGCUGUUCUCAGGCACUGUCAAAUCAUAAAGUGUGUGAGGGAUCUCUCGCUGACUUUUUGAGCCCUUCAUGCACCCUUUCCGUGAGUGGGCAUUGCUGCAGACUUAGUGUGAGGGAAUUACCCACAGUUCAUUGCAUUGUGACGUAUGACAGAGAUUGUCCGCUGGUAAACGCUACAAAAGUAAAGUGAAAAGAGCGAAAUUGUAAACAAUAAAUAUGGAAGGUGCAAAAUGGGGUGGAUGUUGCAAAAAAAAAAAAAAGAAGUAUUUUUCCUGUAAGUAUAUUAUAUAAAACAGCCUUCUUUGUUGUUCUUUGUUUUAUCUUUGUUUUAAGCUCUGCAAGAUGCCAGCUGUCAAUAAAAAAAAACAACGGGCUGUCCUAUUCUUGUUUCUACCACUUCGAGCCCUUGCAGCCUCACUCAUUCAAUCACUUUCCAGGUGCAGUCAGUUAAGUCAAUGUGAGCUCAGGGUUUAGGGAGGAGUUUGAGAUUCAGCCAGUCUGUGGGAUUAAGGGCUCAUUAUGUCCACAGGCAAGGCUAAAAG